AUGCUACCGCUUCUGUUCUUCCUUCUCCCCUCCUUCACCCUCUCCUCCCCCGCUGUCUUCCCCUCGGAUGACAGUAACAACCCUUCCUCCUCAGCCAAUAACAACAACAACAACAACCACAACAACCACAACAACCACAACAACCACAACAACCCCACCGAUCUAACAGCCCCAACCCCAGAAUAUCCCCUCCCUUGGAGCCUCACUCACUCCUCCUCCUCCCCAGCAGAGCCAGACAUCUGGACCGACGACCCCACCCUCGCCAACCCCUCCCCGCAAUACCCCCUCCCCUUCGCCUCCACCUCCAACAUCUCCUUCGCAUCCCUAGCCUCGCAAGCCAGAAUUAGGAUCGGCUGCACAAACAACCCCGUCGACGCGUCCGAGUUAGAGAACAGUCUCACUUGCUUGAGCAACUGGUGCAGCACCGGGAACACGAUCCCGCCCCGUGGGGGGGAGUUUUGUAAUGUGGGAGGGAGUAUGAUGUAUAUCUGUGCUAAUGAGAUGGUUACUGCUUGGGGGAGUAUACAGAGGGAUUGUGGGCCGGGCAGGGGGGGGUGGUGGUUUAGUAACGAUUGGAAGAAGACUUAUGGGAUCGAUUCGGCGGGGGCCAAUGUUUGUGGGAAUUUGUAG